AUGCACCCCGAGAUCGAGGAUCGCUUGACAUGCAUGUCGCGCCACGGAGACAUCCCACACCUCCUCUUCCACGGCCCGCGGGGAUCGGGCAAGAUGACGCUAGUCAGACACCUCUUGGAGAAACUGUACGGUCCGGGCGUGAACAGAGUGACUGCCGAGAAACGCGUUGUGGAGACAGCCUCGUCAAAACAUACGAUCGAGAUCGACGUUCGCGUAUCCAAUUACCACAUCGAGAUGGAACCGAGCGACGCCGGUGCCAACGACACGUAUGUGGUGCAGCACGCCAUCAAGGAGAUGGCCAACAACGGGUCCAUCGCCGCCGUCUUCAAAAACUGUGACGUGAGGCACAAGACGAUCGUGUUGCGCGGCGCCGGCAAUUUGAGCAAGCAGGCGCAGGCGGGAUUGCGAAGGACGAUGGAGAAGUUCACCGCCUCGUGUCGAUUGGUGUUGGUUUCCGCAUUUGCCUCUAGAGUCAUCGAGCCUCUGCGUUCGCGGUGCGUCUUGAUCCGUGUUCCGCUCCCUAGCGCGGAGAAUUUGGCGGCGGCGAUCGAGAUCGAUGACGAGACGUUGGUUUCGCAAAUUGUGGAAAGCUCGGGGAGGUCUAUCUCUCGAGCGAUGUUCAUGGCCAAGGCGGGCAGCGCCGACAAGAUGCUGUGGGUCAAGUACGUUGAAUCAAUAUGUACAGGUGUUUUUCUGGAGCAGAGUCCGCGAAAGCUGAUUGAUGUCAGGGACAGCUUGAACGAACUGUUGGUAGCAGGAGUGCCAGCCUCCAUAAUUUUGAAAACGCUGAUGCACGGGUUGAUCUCUCAUAAAAGUCUCAGGGGGGAGGGUGGCGUCAAGCGUGAGAUCGUCAGGUGGGCCGCGGUUUACGAGCACAGGAUCUGCGUUGGGUCGAAGGAUAUCUUGCACCUCGAGGCCUUCGUUGCGUCGUUCAUGGAUCUGUACAAGAAACAUACCGUCAAUCAGUUUUCGUAA